CUCCCAGGCCAGACCCGGGACGCGCCGCCACUAAGCUCCAGCUCCAGGAAAGGCAGCGGCGCAUCACCUGCUGUCACACACAGACUCAGGAAACGCUGCGAGCGGUAGUGGGAGGGAGGCUCCGGCUCAGGUGCCAGUGAUAGAGGCAGAGACCCGCCCCCGGGGAGCCGCUGGGGCCAGGGUAGGAGGACAGGCUGCCGCCGCUGGAGAAUCCCUUCAAUCCAACGCUUGGAAGAGGGAGGGGACGGCGCUCCAGUGAGCGAUGUCCAAGAGCGAGCGAGGGAGAGGAAAGGGAGUGAGUCAGUGAUCCACUGCAGCUCGCUGUCUGCUGCUGCUGCGCCUGCUGCUCAACUCUACCCGCUCUUUGCCUGGACAUGUCUUGAAAAACUUGGAUCGUUCCGUCCCUUUCCUUUCUCCCCACACCCACUUUCAAGUUUAAAAAUCGAAUGGGUACACGCCGAAAUGCGGCCAUCGGGAUAUGGGCACGGGCGCUGGAUUUGCUACGCGUUGGGCAUGUGCUGAAGAACAGAAGGGUGACAAAGUUCAUACUUUAGACGCUUGACCAUUUUUUUUAAUUAAACAAAGUGUGCAGGGAUCAACUAAACUAGAGUGGACUUUGGGAGACAAGUAUUAAGUCCAGCUGGUCUGGGGUUUUGAUAAUUGCCAUCAUGGGGAGACCCUUGACCAUGCUGCUGUUGCUGCUGGUGCAGCAUUUUGGAAACUGUGAAGGAAAUCAAAGACCAUAUCAUGCUUCACUAGUGCAAUUUACACAAGUCCAGUACAAUGCCACGGUGUAUGAAAAUUCUGCAGCCAAGACUUAUAUUGAGCAGCCAGUAAAAAUGGGUAUUUACCUUGCAAAUCCACUGUGGGACAUAAGAUACAAAAUUAUAUCUGGUGACAAUGAAAACUUGUUCAAAGCUGAAGAGUAUAUUCUUGGAAACUUUUGCUUUUUGAGAAUACGGACCAAGGGAGGAAAUACAGCUAUUCUUAACAGAGAGGUGAAAGACCAUUACAUAUUGACUGUAAAAGCAGUUGAAAAGAAUACUAAUGCUGAAGCACGCACACAGGUCAGGGUGCAGAUACUGGAUACAAAUGACUUAAGACCCUUGUUUUCUCCAACAUCUUACAGUGUUUCUUUGCCUGAAAAUACAGCAAUAAGGACCAGCAUUGCUAGAGUAAGUGCAACAGAUGCAGAUAUUGGAACCAAUGGAGAAUUUUACUACAGUUUUAAAGAAAGAACAGAUAUGUUUGCUAUACAUCCAACCAGUGGUGCAGUGGUUCUAACUGGAAGACUCGACUAUGCAGAAACUAAGCUUUAUGAGAUGGAAAUCCUCGCAGUGGAUCGUGGAAUGAAAUUGUAUGGCAGCAGCGGUAUUAGCAGCAUGGCAAGGCUAACUGUUCACGUAGAGCAAGCAAAUGAAUAUGCUCCUGUUAUUACAGCUGCUGUCUUGGCUCCUUCAGAAUUGGACAAGGAUCCAACAUAUGCAAUUGUAACUGUUGAGGACAGUGAUCAGGGUUCAAAUGGAGAAAUAGCAUCUUUAAGUAUUGUGGCUGGUGACCCACUUCAACAAUUCAAAACAGUGAGGUCUGUUCCAGGAGGUAAAGAAUAUAAAAUCAAAGCUGUUGGCCACAUUGAUUGGGAGAGCCAACCUUUUGGAUAUAAUCUGACUCUUCAGGCUAAAGAUAAAGGAAAUCCUUCACAGUUUUCUUCUGUAAAAGUUAUUCACGUGACAUCCCCACUGUUUAAGUCUGGACCGGUCAGAUUUGAAAAAGAUGUGUAUAGAGCAGAGAUAAGUGAAUUUGCCCCUCCAAACACUCCUGUGAUAAUGGUAAAAGCUUUGCCUAAUUAUUCCCAAUUAAAAUACAUUUUUAAAAAUGCACCAGGCAAAGUCAGAUUCAACUUAAACCCGCACACAGGUCUUAUUACCACUUUAGAACCCAUAAAAGCACAAUAUUCAUCCCAUUUUGAACUUGAAGUCAUGACAAGUGACAGAAAAGCCUCUGCAAAGGUGUUGAUUAAAGUAAGAGACAUGAACAGUAAUCCCCCUGAAUUUACUCAGACAUCAUAUAAAGCUUCCUUCGAUGAGAAUGUGCCAGUUGGUACUAGUGUCAUGAGUGUGAGUGCAAAAGAUCUUGAUGAGGGUGAGAAUGGUUAUGUGACAUAUAGCAUUGCAAACUUGAAUCCUUUACCAUUUGUGAUUAACCAUUUCAAUGGUAUUAUCAGUACCACGGAAGACAUGGAUUAUGAAUUGAUGCCAAGGGUUUACAAUUUAAGGAUUCGAGCAUCUGAUUGGGGCAUACCAUAUCGUCGAGAAGUUGAAGUUCCUGUUACUAUUAUUUUAAAUAAUUUGAAUGAUAACACACCGCUGUUUGAAAAAAUAAAUUGUGAGGGAACAAUCCCUAGGGAUCUUGGUGUUGGAGAACAAAUUACUACUGUAUCUGCUAUUGAUGCUGAUGAGCUCCAGUUGGUGAGAUACCAGAUUGAAUCUGGAAAUGAAUUAGAUUUAUUUAUCUUAAAUCCAAACUCUGGGGUGCUUUCCCUGAAGCAAUCUCUAAUAGAUGGUUUAGGUGCUAAAGUAUCUUUUCAUAGUCUGAGAAUUACAGCUACAGAUGGUGAGAACUUUGCAGUACCAUUAUAUAUCAACAUAACGGUAGCUGCCAGUCGUAAACCAGUAAACUUGCAAUGUGAAGAGACUGGUGUAGCCAAAAUGCUGGCAGAGAAACUACUGCAGGCAAAUAAGCCACACAAUCAUGGCGAGGUUGAGGAUGCUUUCUUUGAUACUCACUCUAUGAAUUUACAUGCACCUCAGUUUAGAAGUACUCUUUCAAGCAGUGUUGAAGUAAAGGAAAGCCUACCGGUGGGUUCCAGCAUAAUACUUAUGAAUGCCACUGAUCUUGACGUUGGCUUCAAUGGAAAACUAGUUUAUGCUAUCUCUGGAGGUAAUAAUGAUAGUAGUUUUACUGUGGAUUUGGAAACAGGAAUGUUAAAGAUUUUAUCUCCCCUUGAUCGAGAAGUAAAAGAUAAAUACACUCUGAAUAUUACUGUGUAUGAUCUGGGAAUACCACAAAAGUCAGCUUGGCAUCUUUUAGAUAUCAACAUUUUGGAUGCCAAUGAUAACAGACCAGAGUUUUUACAGGACAGCUAUUUUGUUGAAGUGAGUGAAAACAAGGAGCUGAACAGCGAAAUCAUUCAGAUUGAAGCCACAGAUAAAGAUUUGGGGCCCAAUGGGGAAGUGAAAUAUUUUCUUCUUACAGAUACAGACAUGUUCACUAUUAACAGUACGACAGGUGUUGUGAAAGUUGUAGGGGCUUUGGAUCGUGAAAUCCAACAUGUGCAUUUCCUGAAAAUAGAGGCCAGGGACCAGCCAAAUGAAGAACCUCAGUUGUUUUCCAGUGUACUUUUGAAAGUAUCUUUAGAAGACGUCAAUGACAAUCCUCCUAAAUUUAUUCCAUUGAAUUAUCAUGUGAAAAUUCGAGAGGACCUUCCAGAAGGAACUAUUAUCACAUGGCUGGAAGCAUAUGAUCCUGAUGUGGGCCAGUCAAGUCAAGUACGAUACAGCCUUUUAGAUAGUGGAGAUGGAACCUUUGAUGUAGAUAAAUUGAGUGGAGCAAUACGUAUUGUACAAAGACUGGAUUUUGAAAUGAGACAAGUUUAUAACCUGACUGUACGGGCCAAGGACAAAGGAAAGCCAAUUUCAUUAUCUUCUACCUGUUACGUUGAGGUUGAGGUGGUUGACGUAAAUGAAAAUUUGCACCCUCCACGGUUUUCCAGCUUUGUGGAUAAGGGCUUUGUAAAAGAAGAUGUCCCUAUUGGUUCAUCUGUGAUGACAAUAACUGCCUAUGAUGAGGAUGCAGGAAGAGAUGGAGAGAUUAGGUAUUCAAUCAGAGAUGGAUCUGGUGUUGGCAUUUUCAGAAUAGAUGAAGAAAAAGGUGUAAUAGAGACGGCUGAUCUGCUGGACCGUGAGACUACCUCACAUUACUGGUUAACUGUUUACGCAACAGACCAGGGUGUUGUGCCUCUAUCUUCCUUCAUUGAAAUCUACAUAGAAGUUGGGGAUGUUAAUGAUAAUGCUCCACAGACAACAGAACCUGUUUAUUACCCAGAAGUCAUGGAGAAUUCACCUAAGGAUGUAUCUGUCAUUCAGAUUGAGGCAUUUGAUCCUGAUUCCAGCUCUAGUGAAAAGUUGACCUACAAGAUUACAAGUGGAAACCCACAGGGAUUCUUUUCAAUAAACCCCAAAACUGGGCUAAUUAUAACCACAUCAAGAAAGCUAGAUCGAGAACAGCAAAGUGAACACAUACUGGAGGUGGAUGAAUCAAAGCUCCAGUUACCUGCUCAGGAAGGGGAGUUGGCUUCCUGCUCCUCCCUCAGUGUAUUCCCCCAAUAUGGGCAGUCUGCGCAGGAGAGUAAGAAGGUAACCAUUACGGACAAUGGUAUUCCUGCAAAGUCAACUAUUGCCCGGGUGGUUGUGAAAGUCUUAGAUGAGAAUGACAAUAAACCUCAGUUUUUACAAAAGUUCUACAAAAUCAGGCUUCCAGAGCGUGAGAAACCAGAACGUGAGAGAACUGCCAAGAGAGAACCUAUUUAUCGGGUUAUAGCUGCAGAUAAAGACGAAGGCCCCAAUGCAGAGAUAUCUUACAGUAUUGAAGAUGGUGAUGAACAUGGCAAAUUUUUUAUUGAACCGAAAACUGGAGUGGUAUCAUCAAAGAAGUUUUCUGGAGCAGGAGAAUAUGAUAUUCUUUCAAUUAAGGCUGUGGAUAAUGGUCGCCCACAAAGGUCCUCAACUACUCGGCUUCAUAUAGAAUGGAUUUCAAAACCUACACCACCCACAGACCCUAUUUCUUUUGAGGAAACAUUUUUUUCCUUUACAGUCAUGGAAAGUGAUCCGGUAGCUCACAUGAUUGGUGUAAUAGCUGUUGAACCUCUUGGCACACCGCUCUGGUUUGACAUUACUGGUGGCAACUACGACAGCCGGUUUGAUGUAGACAAGGGCACUGGAACCAUCAUUGUAGCUAGACCUCUUGAUGCAGAACAGAAAUCAAAUUACAACCUGACAGUAGAGGCGACAGAUGGAACCAGCUCUAUCAGCACCCAGGUAUACAUCAAAGUGAUAGACACAAAUGACCACAGGCCUCAGUUUUCCACCUCAAAAUAUGAAGUCAUUAUACCUGAGGACACGGUGCCAGAGACAGAAAUUUUGCAAGUCAGUGCCACCGACAGGGACGAGAAGAAUAAACUAAUUUAUACAAUGCAGAGUAGCAUUGAUCCCAUCAGUCUCAAGAAAUUUCGUUUGGAUCCUGGAACGGGCUCUCUUUAUACAUCUGAAAAAUUGGAUCAUGAGGCCAUCCACCAACAUAUACUUACAGUGAUGGUACGAGAUCAAGAUGUUCCUGUCAAACGCAACUUUGCUAGAAUUGUCAUUAAUGUUAGUGACACAAAUGAUCACGCGCCAUGGUUCACCAGCUCUCCCUAUGAAGGACGGGUAUAUGAGUCAGCAGCUGUUGGGUCAGCGGUACUCCAAGUAACAGCAUUAGACAAAGACAAAGGGAAAAAUGCAGAAAUUGUGUACUCUAUUGAAUCAGGGAAUAUUGGAAAUUCUUUUACUAUAGAUCCCAUCUUGGGCACUAUUAGCAUUGCAAAAGAACUAGAUUGUAGUAACCAAGGAGAGUACAAUGUGAUGGUGAAAGCUACAGAUAAAGGAAAUCCUCCAAUGAGUGAAAUAACUUCAGUGCUUAUCUUUGUCACAAUUUCUGAUAAUGCCUCACCAAAAUUCACACUGAAGGAAUAUUCUACAGAAGUCACUGAAGGUGCCAGCAUUGGUAGUUUUGUUGGAAUGGUUACUGCGUAUAGUCAGUCUUCUGUAGUUUAUCAGAUAAAAGAUGGUAAUGUAGGUGAUGCCUUUGAUAUCAAUCCAAACUCAGGUGUCAUCACCUCUAAGAAGACACUUGAUUUUGAAACUUUGUCUUUUUACAUGAUAACUGUUCAAGGAACCAACAUGGCUGGGUUGUCUACUAAUACAACUGUUUUGGUGCAUAUUCGGGAUGAGAAUGACAACUCACCAGUUUUUAUGCAGGCAGAAUACACAGGACUCAUCAGUGAAUCAGCUUCAAUUAACAGUGUAGUUCUAACUGACAAGAAUGUCCCAUUAGUAAUUCGAGCUACAGAUGCUGAUAAAGAAUCAAAUGCUUUGCUGGUUUAUCAAAUUGUUGAACCAUCUGUACACAAGUAUUUUGCCAUUGAUUCUAGCACUGGUGCCAUUCGUACCAUAAUGAGUUUGGACUACGAAGAGACAAACAUUUUCCAGUUUUCAGUACAAGUACAUGAUAUGGGGACACCACGUUUAUGUGCAGAAUAUGCAGCUAAUGUUACUAUUUAUGUAAUUGAUAUCAAUGAUUGUCCUCCUGUGUUUUCAAAAGAUUUGUAUGAGGCAUCUCUUUUGGUGCCUACAUAUAAAAGAGUGACAGUCAUCACCGUAAAUGCUACAGAUGCUGAUUCAAGAGCUUUUUCACAACUAAUUUAUUCUGUCACUGAAGGUAACAUUGGAGACAAAUUUUCAAUAGAUCCCAAGACUGGAACUAUAACUGUACAAAAUACAAGUCAGUUAAGAAGCAGAUAUGAAUUAACAGUCAGAGCAUCUGAUGGGAGAUUUGCAAGCACUACAUCUGUAAAAAUUAAUGUGAAGGAAAGCAAAGCAAGUCAACUCAAGUUCACACAGAGUUCCUACUCUGCAGUAGUGCGAGAGAAUUCCACUGAGGCGAAAACAAUAGCUGUCAUUACUGCUGUAGGGAAUCAAAUAAAUGAGCCUUUGUUUUAUCAUAUUCUAAAUCCAGACAGUAGAUUUAAAAUCAGCUACACUUCAGGAGUACUUUCAACCACAGGAAUACCAUUUGAUCGAGAACAACAAGAAUCUUUUGAUAUAGUGGUAGAAGUGACAGAGGAGCAUAAACCAUCAGUAGUUGCACAUGUUGUUGUGAAGGUCACUAUAGAAGACGUAAAUGAUAACGGUCCAGUUUUUGUCAAUCUUCCAUAUUAUGCUGCUGUUAAAGUAGACACUGAAGUGGGCCACAUUAUUCGACGUGUUACAGCAGUAGAUAAAGAUAUAGGGAGUAAUGGAGAGGUACGCUAUUACCUUAAAGACCAUCAUGAACACUUCCAUAUUGGGCCCACUGGCGAAAUCACACUCAAGAGACAGUUUGAACCAGACACACUAAAUAAGGAAUAUCUUGUCACAGUGGUGGCAAAAGAUGGAGGAGAACCAAGUUUUUCUGCUGAAGUUACAGUCCCAAUCACUGUUAUGAAUAAAGCCAUGCCAGUUUUUGAAAAGCCUUUCUAUAGCGCUGAGAUACCUGAAAACAUCCAGUUGCAUAGCCCUGUUGUCCAUGUACAAGCAAACAGCCCAGAAGGACUUAAGGUGUUUUAUAGUAUCACAGAUGGAGAUCCUUUCAAUCAGUUUACUAUCAACUUCAAUACUGGAGUUAUAAUUGUUGUUGCCACUCUAGAUUUUGAGUCCCAUCCCGCCUAUAAACUGAGCAUACGAGCAACUGACUCUCUAACUGGGGCUCACGCUGAGGUGUUUGUAGAUAUAAUAGUGGAAGAUAUAAAUGAUAAUCAUCCUCUAUUUACAAAGCUAUCUUAUACUGCAAUCCUUUCUGAGGCAUCUGUAAUUGGAACAUCUGUUGUACAAGUUAGUGCUACAGAUGCUGAUUCUGGAACAAACAGAAGGAUUUUCUAUCACUUGGUUGAGAAUAAUAGCAAGAGUCACGAGUAUUUCCACAUAGAUAGCAGCAGUGGGCUCAUUCUGACAGCAAGAAUUUUGGAUUAUGAACAUAUCCAGCAACACAAAUUACUAGUAAGGGCAGUAGAUGGUGGAAUGCCCCCAUUGAGCAGUGACAUUAUUGUAACUGUCAAUAUAACUGACCUCAAUGAUAACCCACCGUUAUUUAACCAACUGCUUUAUGAGGCUAAAAUUAGUGAACUGGCUCCCCAUGGACAUUUUGUAACCUGUGUAAAAGCCUCAGAUGCAGACAGUUCAGAUGUAAACAAACUGGAAUAUUCAAUUCUGACAGGCAAUGAUCACAUGAAUUUUGUAAUUAAUAGCAAAACUGGCAUCAUCUCCAUCUCAAACCCACGCAAACAGACCCUGAAGCAUCUUUACAAUCUUAAUGUGUCUGUGUCUGAUGGGGUCUUUAGAAGUUCAGCUCAGGUACAGAUAACUGUUACUGGAGCCAAUUUGCAUAGCCCUGUUUUCAGUCAGAAUGAGUACGAAGUGGAACUAGCUGAAAAUGCUCCAUUGCAUACCUUGGUGACUGAAGUUAAAGUGACAGAUGAAGAUUCUGGGGCUUAUGGCCAAAUCAGUUAUCAUAUUGUAAAUGACUUUGCCAAAGAUAGAUUUUAUACUAAUGAGAGAGGUCAAAUAUUUACCUCUGAAAAGCUUGACCGUGAAACACAAACAGAAAAAGUAACUUCUAUUAGUUUAAUGGCCAAGGAUGCUGGAGGAAAAGUUGCUUUUUGCAAUGUUAAUGUGAUACUUACAGAUGAUAAUGAUAAUGCCCCUCAAUUCCGAGCAACAGAGUAUGAAGUGAAUAUUGGAUCUAAUGUUCCAAGAGGAACAUUUAUCACUAAAGUUUUGGCAUCUGAUGCUGAUGAGGGUACAAAUGCAGACAUUACAUAUGCCAUUGAAGCAGAGUCUGAAAGUGUCAACGAGAAUUUGGAAAUUGAUCCUUUGUCUGGUGUAAUUACUACAAAAGAAAGCUUAAUUGGUUUAGAAAAUGAGUUUCUAACUUUCUUUGUUAAAGCCCGGGACGGUGGAUCCCCCCAAAAACAAUCAGUGGUUCCUAUCUAUAUUAGAAUACUCCCACCAGAAGUGACUCUUCCCAAAUUUGCAGAGCCAUUUUAUUCUUAUACUGUUUCCGAGGACAUUCCUAUUGGAGCUGAGAUUGAUGUUAUACAUGCAGAGCAUAAUCAAACAUUAGUAUACACUCUAGUUAAAGGGAACACUCCUGAAAGCAAUAGGGAUGAAUGCUUUGUUAUUGACCGGCACAAUGGAAGAUUGAAACUUGAGAAGAGUCUUGAUCAUGAGACAACUAAGUGGUAUCAGUUUGCAGUGCUAGCACAUUAUACGAAUGACAGUUAUAAUGUUGUUUCCUCGGUAGAUAUAAGCAUUCAGAUAAAAGAUGCAAAUGACAAUAAACCAAUUUUGGAGUCCAGUCCAUAUGAAGCAUUCAUUGUGGAAAACAUGCCAGGUGGAACGAGAGUCAUCCAGGUGAAAGCAACUGACUUGGAUUCAGGACUCAAUGGGCAGGUUACAUAUAGUUUAGAUCCAUCACAAGAACCGGAAAUCACAGAGUCUUUUGCCAUAAACAUGGAAACAGGUUGGAUUACCACCCUCAAAGCGCUUGACCAUGAGAAACGGGAUAAGUACAAAAUUACAGUGGUUGCAUCUGAUCGUGGUGAAAAAAUUCAGUGGUCUUCUAUGACAGUGGUUGAAGUUACCGUUACAGAUGUGAAUGACAAUCCUCCACGCUUUACUGCGGAGAUAUACAAAGGGACAGUUAGUGAAGAUGAUCCACCUGGUGGUGUGGUUGCUAUCUUAAGUACCACUGAUGCUGAUACAGAAGAAUCUAACAGACAAGUCACCUAUUAUGUUACAGGAGGUGAUCCCUUCGGACAGUUUGCAAUUGAAAACAUGCAGAAUGAAUGGAAAGUCUAUGUCAGAAAACCUCUGGACAGGGAAGAAAAGGACAAUUACCUUCUAAAUAUUACAGCUACUGAUGGGACCUUUGCAACAAAAGCCGUGGUUGAGGUUAAAGUUCUAGAUGCUAAUGACAACAGUCCUGUUUGUGAAAAGGCUUUAUACACUGAUACUGUUCCAGAGGAUGCCCUUCCUGGCAAGCUGAUCAUGCAGGUCUCUGCUACAGACGCAGAUAUUCGUUCCAAUGCAGAAAUUACUUAUACGCUGCAUGGCAUUGGAGCAGAAAAAUUCAAGCUCAGUCCAGACACAGGUGAACUGAAAACAUUAGCACCACUUGAUCGUGAGCAGCAAGCAGUUUAUAAUCUUUUAGUCAAGGCCAUAGAUGGAGGAGGAAGAUUCUGCAAGGCUCAUGUUAUUCUCACUCUAGAAGAUGUAAAUGAUAAUGCCCCAGAGUUUACAGCUGAUCCUUACUCCAUUACAGUGUUUGAAAACACUGAGCCUAAAACACUAUUGACAAGAGUGCAGGCUACAGAUGCAGAUGCAGGGAUGAACCGUAAAAUUCGCUACUCACUAGUGAACUCUGCGGAUGGACAGUUCUCUAUUGAUGAAUUCUCUGGAAUUGUUCGGUUGGAGAAGCCUUUGGAUCGGGAGUUGCAGGCAGUGUACACUCUGACUUUAAAAGCUUUAGAUCAAGGUUUACCUAGAAGGCUGUCCUCUCUUGGUAGUCUUGUGGUUUCUGUUUUGGAUAUAAAUGACAAUCCACCUGUGUUUGAAUAUAGAGAGUACAGUGCUACUGUAUCAGAGGACACUUUAAUUGGAACAGAAGUUCUUCAGAUUUAUGCUGUUAGCAGAGACAUUGAAGCCAAUGCUGAGAUCACCUAUUCAAUAGUCAGUGGAAACGAACAUGGAAAAUUCAGUAUUGAUUCAGCAACAGGAGCCAUUUUUAUUAUUGAAAGCCUGGAUUAUGAAAGUUCCCAUGAGUAUUACUUGACAGUGGAAGCCACAGAUGGAGGCACACCUUCAUUAAGUGAUGUUGUAACAGUGAAUAUCAAUGUAACUGAUAUCAAUGAUAACACUCCAGUGUUCAGCCAAGACACCUACACAGCAGUAAUCAGUGAAGAUGCCAUGCUUGAACAAUCGGUCAUUACAGUUAUGGCAGAUGAUGCUGAUGGACCUUCAAACAAUCACAUUCACUACUCAAUUAUAGAUGGCAAUCAGGGGAGUCCUUUUACAAUUGACCCUACCAAGGGUGAAAUAAAAGUGACUAAACUUCUAGACAGAGAAGAGAUUUCAGGAUACACCUUGACAGUUCAAGCUUCAGAUAAUGGAAAUCCAUCCAGAGUCAACACAACUACUGUAAAUAUUGAUGUAUCAGAUGUAAAUGACAAUCCUCCAGUAUUCUCAAAGGGGAACUAUAGUGUUAUCAUCCAGGAAAAUAAGCCUGUUGGAUUUAGUGUGCUCCAGCUCACAGUGACAGACAAGGAUUCUUCUCAUAAUGGUCCACCUUUCAUCUUCACCAUUCUGAGUGGAAAUGAAGAGAACGCUUUUGAGAUUAACCACCAGGGAGUGCUUACCACAUCUGUUGCACUGAAACGCAAAGUGAAGGAUCAUUAUUUUCUCCAUAUUAAGGUGGCAGAUAAUGGAAAACCUCAGUUGUCAUCUUUGACUUACAUUGACAUUAGAAUUAUUGAGGAGAGCAUCUAUCCCCCGGCAAUUCUGCCGCUAGAAAUCUUUAUUACAGCCUUUGGAGAAGAAUAUUCAGGUGGUGUCAUUGGGAAAAUCCAUGCAACUGAUCAAGAUGUUUAUGACACUUUAACAUACAGUUUGGAUCCCAAGAUGGAAUCCUUAUUCUCUGUCUCUAGCACAGGUGGUAAACUGAUAGCACAUAAAAGGCUAGACAUAGGACAGUACCUCCUGAAUGUCACUGUUACAGAUGGAAAAUUUACUACUGCAGCUGACAUUACAGUGCACAUCAGACAAAUCACGCAAGAAUUGCUAAACCACAGCAUUGCUAUACGCUUUGCAAACCUCGCACCUGAAGAAUUCAUUGGUGACUACUGGCGCAAUUUCCAGAGAGCUUUAAGAAAUAUUUUGGGUGUGAGAAGAAGUGACAUACAGAUUGUUAGUUUGCAACCCUCUGAUCCUCCUUCAAACCUCGAUGUACUACUGCUUGUUGAGAAAUCUGGUAGUUCUCAACAUCCAACCAGAAUUCUACUCCAGAAGAUAAAUUCCUCUGUAGCUGACCUUGAAGAGAUCUUAGGUGUCCGGAUACUUGACGUUUUCCACAAGCUUUGUGCAGGCUUGGAUUGUCCUUGGAAAUUUUGUGAAGAAAAAGUGACCAUAGAUGAGAAUUCCAUGUCAACCCACAGCACAGCCAGGCUGAGUUUUGUCACUCCACGUCAUCACAGAACAGCAGUUUGUCUUUGCAAAGAAGGGAAGUGCCCCCUUGUGAAUAAUGUGUGUGAAGGAAAUCCAUGCCCCGAAGGUACUGAAUGUAUAGCAGAUCUUAAGGAAGGAAAGUACACCUGUGUUUGCCAUAAUGACAAGCCUGGCCAGUGUCCUGCAUCAGUUGGUUCGUCGGUGACAUUUACUGGGAGCAGCUAUGUGAAAUAUCGUCUCUUGGAAAAUGAAAACAAAGAGGAAAUGAAGCUCACAAUGAGGCUUAGAACAUAUUCAACCCAUGCAGUUGUCAUGUAUGCCCGAGGAACAGACUAUAGUAUCUUAGAGAUUCACCAUGGGAGGCUACAGUAUAAAUUUGACUGUGGCAGUGGUCCUGGCAUUGUCUCAGUACAGAGUAUUCAGAUUAAUGAUGGUCAUUGGCAUUCAGUGUCUCUUGAAGUGGAUGGAAACUAUGCCCGGCUGGUUCUGGACAGGGUGCACACUGCAUCUGGUACUGCUCCUGGCACGCUUAGAACACUAAACCUAGAUAACUAUGUAUUUUUUGGUGGACAUGUUCGGCAACAAGGUACAAGGCAUGGGAGGAGUCCACAGGUCAGCAAUGGUUUCAGAGGAUGUAUGGAUUCCAUUGUACUUAAUGGGCAAGAGCUACCACUAAACAGCAAACCGCGGAAUUAUGCACAUAUGGAAGAAUCUGUAGAUGUAUCUCCUGGGUGUUUACUCACUGCUACUGAAGGCUGUUCAAGCAGUCCUUGCCAGAAUGGAGGCAUAUGCAAUCCACUGCCCAAUGGAGGUUAUUAUUGCAAGUGUGCUGCUUUGUUUAUGGGAACCCAUUGUGAAGUGAGUGUCAAUCCAUGUGCCUCCAAUCCUUGCCUUUAUGGUGGCACUUGUAUUUCGGUCAGUGAUGAUUUUGUCUGCCAGUGCAGAGGACAGUACACUGGUCAGAGGUGUCAGUUGGGUCCAUAUUGUAAAGACAACCCUUGCAAAAACAGUGGCAAGUGUAUUGAUAGUUUGGAUGGGCCCGUUUGUGAGUGUGAGGCUGGUUUUCGUGGAGAAAGGUGCCUGACUGAUGUUGAUGAAUGUACAGAAAACCCAUGUCUCAAUGGUGCCCUUUGUGAGAACACACAUGGCUCAUAUCACUGCAAUUGUAGCCAUGGAUUUGGAGGAAAAUAUUGUGCAGAGAUUGUUCUCAAUAAAUACGUUUCAACAUCUUGGAACAUUAGCUUAGCAGAAGUAAUCGGAAUUAUUGUUUUCAUAGCGGGAAUCUUCUUAUUAGUUGGGAUUUUUGUUUUCUGCCGCAAACUGAUCAGUAGAAAGAAGAAACACCAGCCAGAGUCGGAAGAUAAACACCUGGGAACAACAACAACAACAACUUUCUUGCAAAGACCAUAUUUUGAUUCAAAACUGAAUAAGAACAUUUACUCAGAUAUCCCACCCCAGGUGCCUGUUCGUCCCAUUUCUUAUACUCCAAGCAUUCCAAGUGACUCCAGGAACAAUCUUGACAGGAAUUCUUUUGAGGGGUCGACCAUCCCAGAGCAUCCUGAGUUUAGUACCUUUAACCCAGAUUCUGUACAUGGCCACCGAAAGGCAGUGGCUGUCUGCAGUGUGGCACCUAACUUGCCUCCGCCACCUCCAUCUAACUCUCCUUCAGACAGUGACUCAAUUCAGAAACCUAGCUGGGAUUUUGACUAUGACACUAAAGUAGUAGAUCUUGAUCCUUGCCUUUCAAAGAAGCCUCUGGAGGAAAAGGCCUCUCAUCCUUACAGCACUAGAGAAAGUAUGUCUGAGGUCCAGUCCCUUAGCUCCUUCCAGUCAGAGUCAUGCGAUGACAAUGCUUCCAUAGUGACUGUAAUACACCUUGUCAAUGCUGUUGUUGACUCGGUGGAAAAAGAAGAGUCUUUUGCUGUUCCUGACCUCAGCAAUUCAAGAGGUUAUCAUUGGGAUACAUCAGAUUGGAUGCCAAGUGUUGAACUGCCCGGUAUUCAGGAAUACCCGAAUUAUGAGGUGGUUGAAGAGCCAGCUCCCCUUUACACAGAUCCAAAUGCCAUAGAUACAGAUUACUAUCCUGGAGGCUAUGACAUAGAAAGUGAUUUCCCACCUCCACCUGAUGACUUUCCUGCACCCGAUGAGCUCCCGCCAUUACCACCAGAAUACAGUGACCAGUUUGAAUCCAUACAGCCACCCAGAGACAUGCCGGCGGUGGGCAGCUUGGGUUCUUCUACAAGAAGCAGGCAGAGGUUCAACCUUAAUCAGUACCUUCCCCAUCACUACCCAGCAGAUAUGUCAGAACCUCAGAACACAACCAGUGGAGUCAACAGUAAUUAUAGAGAACCUUAUGCUUCUUACACUUUAGGGUACAAUAGAGACUUCGAAGCACCCACUGUAGACAACAUGUCCCUGUCUGUGUACACUUCCACGGCUUCGUGCUCCGAUGUGUCAGCAUGCUGUGAAAUGGGGUCUGAGGUAAUGAUGAGUGACUAUGAGAGUGGAGAUGACAGCCACUUUGAAGAUGUGACAAUUCCUCCACUUGAUUCUCAACAACAUACAGAAGUCUGACACUCACACUCAACAAAAGUGCCUAGGCUUGAAUGAAUUUUAAGGAUUCUCGAAGAGCUUUUUUUUUUUUUCUUGGCAGCAGUGCUUGAAUGCGUUUGUUUAGUGAGCUAAAACUGGCAUGGCUGCACUGGAUCAUGCAGCUCAUUUCAACAUAUUAGCCUAUUUCCAUUUCCUGACCUACUGUAAUUGGACAGAUCAAAGGUUUCCAUUGGCUGUGCCAUUUCUGAAAGUGUUUUUUGUACUUACUUUGUGUGUUAAAUUUAAAACAAACAAACAAACCACAUACCACUUCACCAAGUUAGCAUGAUACAUGUAUUUAUAUAGUUCUAAUGCAAAUUAAUUUUCUCCAAUCUUUUUUGUAAAUUUUAUGUACAGUUUUGAUUUUAAUAGUUUUAACUAGAUUUUGUAGAUAUUUUGUGAAUUUGUUUUCCACUGAAUCUAGUGGUGUUAGUGUGCCAUUAAACUAGAACCCUGACUAUUAUUAUAAUCAGGGCUUCACUGUAUGUAUUUUUUUUCCCCCCACUGAGGUUUGGCAUUUCAUUAUAAGGAUUUCAGCAUGUUCAUGCGAUUCCAGCUGUACAUAGGUUAGACGAGAUCUGAUAUUUUCUGGGUCAGAUAUAUGGAAAUGUCUUAAAUGGGUUGCUGUAUUUUAGAAUUGUAAACAUUUUUCCCUUCUUGGAAAGUGUGUUGGGGACCCUCUGCAUACCUGUUUAGAACCAAAACCACCAUGACACAGUUUUUAUAGUGUCUGUAUAUUUGUGAUGCAAUGGUCUUGUAAAGGUUUUUACUGAAAACUACCAUUAGCCAGUCUUUCUUACGGACAAUAAAUUAUUAAUAAAAUACUUUAGCUUU